AUGCCUGCUGUUCCUUCGGCCGCCCAAGAGGAGUCCCCGCGGAACCUCCAAUUCCAUGCACAUGCAACCUCCACCUUCUUCACUACACUCCUACUCAUCUCCUUCACGUUGUUGCUGCUCUUCUACCUCCGCCGCCGCCGCCAGAAGGUCAACAAGGAAACCAGCAGCCUCCGCCUCCCACCCAACCCGCCGGGCCUCCCCAUCAUCGGCAAUCUCUACCAGAUCGGCGACCUCCCCCACCGCUCCCUUCACCAACUCUCACUUGCCUACGGCCCCCUCCUCCGCCUCCAGCUCGGGAGAAUCACCACUCUCGUCGUCUCCUCCCCCGCCAUCGCCCGCGACGUCCUCAAGACCAACGACCUCUCACUCUGCUCCCGCCCCGAUAUCGCAACCUGGCGCCGUUACUCCUACGGCAGCCUCGAAGUCGCUCUCUCCCCCUACUCCCCCCGCUGGGUCAGUGCGCGCCGGCUCUUGCUCACCCACUUCCUCUCCCCGCGCCCGGUCCGAGGCCUCUCCGCCGCGAGGGAGGAGGAGGUACGGACCCUGAUGAACACCGUGGCCGCUGCCGCCGCGUCCGGCCACACGGUCGACCUCAGCAAGAGUCUGAUGAGUUUGGUGAGCUGCAUUGUAUGCCGGGCCGUGUUUGGGAAGAGGUUCGCGCCGGCGGGGGAAUCCUCGAUGAGCGAGAUCGGGGGCGUGUUAUGUCUGACGGCGGAGAUCUUGGGGGGGUUCGUCGCUGGGGACUACUUCCCGUGGGCGCGCCGCUGGCUCAACGCCGUCACGGGAGUGCAUGGAAGGCUUGAGAGGAGCUUCAAGGAGUGGGACGACUUGUUCGAAAGGGAAAUUAAAGAGCGGGAACGCGCCGGCACCGGCAGUAGUGAGGACGGCACCUAUGCCAGUGUUCUGAUGCGCUUACUCAAAGAGGAACAGAGUAACAAGGAAGGCGGCCUCACGAGGGACGCCGUGAAAGCUUUUCUCUGGGUAAAAACCACGUACUGUCCAAAUUGGCGAAUUACGGAAUCCUAUAUAAAACUUUGA